GCCCCCGGCGGCGAUUUCUCAGCUCUGUAAUGUGUUUGGGUAUUUCCUGUUCUUACCAGGUCGCCUGCUCCUGGGGGACAGUGUUACCUUGCAGUGCUCGGAUUUGCCCGCCGUCUGCGGUCCUAGAGAGCAGCCGUACUCUCUACCGCUCAAGCAGGAAGGGGCAUCUACCUCCGCCCAUAUCUCUCGCCCUGACAAAGAUCGGGUUCCGUGCCUUAUUAGUGCUGCACGCAGGCAGUGCCUAGCCCUGUUCCCGAUGCCUUCUCCUCUCCGGAGAUAAUUUGCGGGCAAUAACGUGUCUAAUUGCAACUUUGCAAGGAGCAGCCGUAUUAAUCUGUUGCAGAAAACAACGGCGAGCCUCUUCGCACCUUAAACUAUGAUUGUUUGCAUAUAAUCAGUGUUCACAGUUUACAGAGUGCAAGAAGACACUGCUCAUUUUUUAGUGGGGGUGGGUAGGAUUUGUCCUUGCCCAUAUACUAUUGGAUAAGCAUUUUAGGUUCAUCAUGGCUGUUUCCAGCCUUGUCUGGCAUUCCCCAUUUGGACACCAUUGGCCCUUAUCAAGAUUACAGAUCAGAUGGCAGAGAAAAGCCUUGAGUCUGUGGAUUAAGAAGGAAGGAACAGGGUCACUGACAAGAGAGGCAUACAUCAUGCCUUCCAUCCGAUGGAGCAUCAGUCACCUCAAGAGAGGUCUGCAUGCUACCCAGAUUCACCGCCAGGAAGUGAUGCUCACCAGUGAGCGGUAUGGGGUGCAGAGACUUCCCUUUGCUCAUGUUUCCAGUACUGACUUAUCUUUUUUUGAACACCUUAUGCCUGGCAGAGUCAUCACAGAUUUAGAUGAACUGAAACCUUUUAAUGUGGACUGGCUGAAGUCUGUAAGAGGCUGCAGUAAAGUGUUGCUGAAGCCACGGACAACAGCAGAAAUAUCUGAGAUUCUCAGGUACUGCAAUGAGAGGAAUUUGGCUGUGAACCCUCAGGGGGGUAACACUGGCCUUGUUGGGGGCAGCGUCCCUGUCUUUGAUGAGAUCAUUCUCUCCACAGCUCUUAUGAACCAGGUCAUCAGCUUUGACAAUGUUUCUGGAAUCCUGGUUUGUCAGGCUGGCUGCGUUUUAGAAAACCUCAACCAGUAUCUGGAGCAGCUGGAUUUCAUCAUGCCUCUUGACCUAGGAGCAAAGGGCAGUUGCCACAUUGGAGGGAACGCAGCUACAAAUGCUGGUGGCUUGCGGCUCCUGAGGUAUGGCUCUCUCCGAGGAACGGUUCUAGGAUUAGAAGUGGUGCUGGCUGAUGGUUCCAUUCUGAACUGUUUGGCAUCUUUGCGGAAGGAUAAUACUGGCUAUGACUUGAAACAGUUGUUCAUUGGAUCUGAGGGGACCUUGGGGGUCAUUACUGCUGUCUCCAUCCUCUGUCCACGAAAACCCAAGGCUGUGAAUCUAGCAUUUCUUGGUUGUCCAGGGUUCUCUCAGGUCCUGAGAACUUUCACUACCUGCAAGGGCAUGCUGGGAGAAAUCUUGUCUGCUUAUGAGUUCAUGGAUAACAAGUGCAUGAAGCUGGUUGAGCAACACCUCAAACUGGCCAACCCUGUGGCAGAAAGUCCUUUCUAUGUGUUAAUAGAGACUUCAGGCUCCAAUUCUGCCCAUGAUGAGGAAAAGCUGAGCCAUUUCUUGGAACGCGUCAUGGCCUCUGAUUUGGUAGUAGAGGGAACACUUGCCUCAGAAGAUAAAAAAAUUAAGGCACUGUGGGCUUUACGGGAACGGAUCACAGAGGCCUUGACUUACGAUGGAUUCGUUUACAAAUAUGACAUUUCGCUUCCUGUGGAGAAACUCUAUGAUCUUGUGACUGACAUGCGGGCACGACUAGGCAGAAAUGCUAAGAAUGUAGUGGGCUACGGCCAUCUAGGAGAUGGAAACCUGCACCUGAACAUCACAGCGGAGUCCUACAGUCAUUCUCUGCUAGAGGCCAUUGAGCCAUAUGUGUACGAGUGGACUUCCCAGUAUCACGGGAGUAUCAGUGCAGAACAUGGCCUGGGCUUUAAGAAGAAGCAUUAUAUCUACUACAGUAAGCCCCAAGAGGCAGUCCUUCUCAUGCAGCAGUUCAAAGCUCUUUUGGACCCCAAAGGGAUUCUAAAUCCUUACAAGACAUUACCGGUCAAGGCUGUAUGAUUGUGCCUCUGAAGAAGGGGAUCUGUAGCCUUUUGUGUAGAGGUUUUCUAGCACAGGAGCUGUAAUAAAUUGUGAUGCUGGAGCCUGAAAUGGUGGCUUGUACAAAUGGUAAAGCUGAAUUCUCUUCCCAGUAUUAUCUGUCUACCAGCUCCUAAGCCAGCGUUUCCCAACUAGUGGGCCACCAGAUGUUGUUGGACCACAAUUCCCAUCUUUCCUGACCAUUGGCAAUGCUGGCUGAGGCUGAUGGGAGUUGUGGUCUAACAACAUCUGGUGGCCCACUAGUUGGGAAAGGCUGUCCUAAGCUUUGAAUGGUCUAGAAAGCAGAAAGCACUGCUAAAGAGAGUACCUUUAGGCACUCUGUUUUCUAACCAUCUUACCUUCAGAUUGCUCUCUAUUUUCAGGGUUCUGUUCAUCUGUAUACAGCAUGUACAAGUGGAAUUUCAUAGGGCAUAGUGGUGGUAAGAAAAUCUUUUACAGGCAGAAAUCCCAGACAUUUGUUUUCCAUUGCAGUUACGUAUAUUCAAAACACAAUCAGUAGCUGCAGGACUGUGCAAGAACCUUGAAGAUAAGUGUGGGUAUUAUGUGCUUUGAACUGAGGGUAGGAAAUAAACAUUUUACCUCUUUCCAUGGAAAAAUCAAAAAUAAUAAAACUUGAAAGUGUUUUCUUGUUUGCUCUA